CAACACCGCAUGCCGGAGUUCUCGAAUUCAGCAGCUUCCACUCUACCCAUACAAAUCCUCAAUCCCUGGGACCGUAUUAGAUCAAAUUCCCUCUUCCCUCUUAUCUCCUGCUUAUUGGCAUCUACAUCGCACCCCCCCCCCCUCUACUGACAAUUCAUAAUCAGUCCAAAUAGGAUGCCGCGUGAACGAGCGGUUUCGGAGGUUAAAGAGCCCCACUCCAUCUCCUUGAAAGUCCUCAGGUGUGUCACAGCCUCAGAAGUCCCUUGCACCUGACCGACCAUACCCAUCCUCUACCGGUAUGCUAAUACGAGUAAUUCUCCAGACUCUCCAGACCUUCGCUUUCGGAACAGCACUCUCUACCUAAGGCCACCUCCGCGAGCCAAUCUCCAGAGUUAGAUGAGCUCUCCCGGCAAUCACAUGCAUAUCCCUCGCACUCCACCGAUGACCCCUUUAUCCUAAGCCCUUUGGUACGUCAUAUAUACACCCUGGUACCCAAAUUUUGGCUUGCCUCGGCAGAGAGCGUGAUUUGGAUUGAGAGGAAUAACGACAGCUGAUGGCUAAGCGCCCAAACCGAUUACCCUACAGCUCACCCUUCCACCAGCUUUCGGAAAUGCAUACAUUGGCGAAACGUUCAGUUGUUGUUUAUCAGCAAACAACGAAACAACCACCCUAAUAGCCGGCGUCAGGAUCAGUGCUGAGAUGCAGACACCAUCACUCACCCUCAACCUUGAACUUGGCGGGGAUGAACGGCAAAUAGCCGACUUGGACCCUGCCAUGUCCCUUCAAAAGAUUGUCAAAUACGAUCUGAAAGAAGAGGGAGGCCAUAUUCUGGCGGUUACUGUGACGUACACCGAAGCACCGAAGCGAGUGGAUAGUGGUGAAGGCGGAAGAGAAGAAGUGACCGGACGAGUCAGGACCUUCCGUAAAUUAUACCAAUUCAUCGCUCAACAAUGCUUGACCGUCAGGACAAAGAUUGGGACCCUCCCCGGCGGCCGGGCUAUCUUGGAGGCGCAGCUCGAGAAUAUGGGGGACGGUCCGAUAUCACUAGAGAUGGUAAAUAUGGGUACAAAGAGGGGAUGGGCGGCCACAAGUUUGAAUUGGCAAGGGUCAACCGGACGGGGGGGUGACCAGGGGGAUCCCAAGAACACACCCAUGCUCGGCUCUAGAGAUGUCAUGCAAGUUGCCUUCUUGUUACACCCGGAAGAGAUAGAAGAGAAGAGGGAGGAAGAUGCGGCCCCCAACGAUAAGAAGAUACUCGGCCAGUUGAGUAUUGAGUGGAGAUCAACAUGUGGAGACAGAGGAUAUCUGUCAACGGGGAGGUUGGGGUUGCACGUGUGAAGUCAGAUAUAUGCGCAAACAUUAUUUAUAGACACACAUAUUCACCCUAAAUCGCGUGAUGUCUGUACGAUGGAUACCGCAAAGGGCUUCUCGGGGUUACAAGUUAAUAAACACCAGCUGUCCAAACAGGCAAGAAUUCACGGCACUAUUUGGGGACCUUGGAGCAAUGCCACGCUGCCACAGGCUAUUGUACUAGUACUAGUACAGUACUCGUACGGUUAGCAUAAAUAACCGAACAUUCGCAAUGAGCGACUCGAUCUCCAGCCCAAACCAAAAGUGCUCAACGUUAAACCUCCCUCUCGAUUACCGGUAUGCUAAACAACGUACCGGCAAUCAACCCCAUUAAAAUAUGUAGGCCGUUAGGAGCGUGGUUAGGAAUGCAAGGCGUGUGGAUUAUUUCCGUUCAAGAAAUUCUAAUCGCUAUGGAUCUAAUUUAGGCAUAUAAUUAGUACCUGUAAUGCUUUAAGCAAUAAAUAUUUCCAUUAUAAUAAUAAUAAUAUAGUCUAAUACCGUACUUCCG